UAUAUUCGUCGCCGAUCUACUCAGGUCGGGAGAGAUGGCGGGAAAUUCGCGUUCAGCUCACCUGUUUAAUCCUUACAGGUAGAUUUUACCAUAAAACUGUCUACAAAAUGCAUUUUUGAUGAGACCUUCAACUGAGAAGAUCUUUCCCAUAAACGAACUGCAAAAUGACGUGACUUCGUAGGUGUAAAUUACAUUUCGUUCGAAACGACAGGUAUGGAAGAACCGUUCAUCAAAGGAACACUGUUUAAAAGAGUAUUCGUUUUGUUUUCGUCGGUAAUUUUUGUCGUUGAACAUUGUUCAGCCAAAAAUAUCGACAUCGACUUGAAUUUGGCACCAGAAUGGAAACGAGAAAUUACUCAGAGAGCGUCGGAUUACGUGGACCACAUCAUUCUUCCAUUCAUUUCUAAAGAACUCAAUGAUUUAUCAGUUCCCAAUCUUUCUGGAACCAUCAAAACUCCAUUAGGAAAUGUGCAGUACGAUCUCAACCAGAUCAAGUUGUCCAAUGUAGUGAUUAAGAAGACCAAUGUUUCACUAUUAGCUGAUCACGGGUUACGGAUUUCUGCUAAUGAAGCCUCAGGAAAUAUGGCAGCUAAUUGGCACUACAAAGAGAACUCUUGGCCUCACAUCUCUGAUUCAGGAUCAUGUGACCUAUCAAUCAAAGACCUGUCACUUGGAAUGGCUUUCUAUGUUGAUGGUAACUUGGGAGAGAAGAAGGGAAAAGUCAGUGCAAAAGACUGUACCAUGAAAAUUGGCUCUGUGCAUAUCAAGUUCAAAGGAGGUGCAAGCUGGUUGUAUAAUUUGUUUGCUGAUGGCUUGGCAUCAAGCCUUAAAGACCAACUCUCCGCUCAGAUCUGUAAGACUGCUAUCAGCCUGAUUAGCUCCAAAGCUACUCAAGCCUUAGACAAUUUCCCUUCAAUUAUGAGGAAGUUUCAUGGAGUGCAAGACUGAAUGGAAGGAGUUGAGAGAAAAUCCUAGCCCAGCUUUAUUUUCCAAAGUGCUUUCAUUGUUACUUG